AAGUGGAUGUCGCUUUGCUGUACAGUAGAUUACAAGCGGAUUGAAGUUUCUAGUGAUAUGAUACAUAUUAUACGAAUGUUAAAAAGUAGAUUUUCAAAGUGUUUCAUUUUGCUAUGGGUACAGCGCUGCAAAUAAAAUCAGGGUUAAAAUGUUCAUAGUUUAAUUUAUUUAUUGUUUUUGAUUUGAAGAACAUUAGAGAAAUUACUGUGAAAUCCAGCUAUUUUACAAUGUUUAGAGUGACGUGUGUACGGUAGGUAAAUGCGUAGAUUGCGUAAAAUGACAUGAAUUACAGAUGGAGGAAGAUACCCGAGGAUGCGACCCUUCGCUUACUGCUUCUAAUUAUUUAUUUAUUGACGAGGAAAUUGCCGUGAAUAAAUCUUAACAUUUUAGCGCACGUGUAAGAUUACUUUGGGUGUAUUUAAAAUUUAUUUUAUUAUUGCACUUACAAAAUAUUUCCCUUUCGAAACUGUCAGUAAAGGUUUUUCGUUAUUACAAUAUCACAGUGGUAGCGAAAUACCAUGAUAUCAUAAUAUUAUAUUCAACCGGCGCGCGGUGCCCUACAAAACGACGGCGAGCUAAUUCUCAUUCACAACGGCCAACGCUGACAGCACAGCGACGGCAGAGUAAACCGUUUGAAAGUAAAAUCCGUCAUAAGUCCUUAGUUCCUAUUUCGUACACAUACAUACAUUAUUGUACUGUACACACACACGUUGUCGUAUUAUUAUUGUACACAUUGCGUUACUUUCUACCUUCAUAUACAGGGUGAUAGUGAGUCGCUCUUCGGUCGUCCGAUCAACCUAGGUAGAUUCACCGAUAUUUUGUCUUACAAAAUAAUUUAUAUUUAAAUAAUAACGUAAUAUCCAUAACUACUGCGAUCAUGACUAAAAAUCAAAUACUUCACCACAACUUCAACAUUAAUCGAACGUUUGUACGAGAAAUUCUACAAUAUUACAUAUUAUGAUACGUAAAAAAUAAUAAUAAAAAGCAAAAUAAAUCUCUAGUCCUAAAUAAUAUCAAAUAAAUCAAUGAAAUCAGUUAUUACGGUUCAUUAUUAUUGUCUGUGGUUGCGGUGUUCAGUUGAAUUGGUAUACCUACAUCGUUAGUUGAUUCUUUCGUUUUCUGAACACUCUGUAUCGGAGCUAUGGACAUGAACAAUGCAAUUUGAUGUCACGAUUAAUAUUUGACCGUACAUAAUAUUAUAAGUGUUAGUUACAACCUACCUAAUGAGAGUGCAAUAGUAAUUGAACGCGUUAGUUGGCCGUCUGCGAGUUCCGUCGAUUUUAGUGUAUGUGUAACCGUAUUUAGACUAAAAUAAUAUAUAAUACGACGAUUGACAGUACAAAAUGGAAUGUCAAUGUUCUUUUUUCGUUUGCACAACCUUCGCCGUGAGGAGGAAAUAAAAAAACGCCGGAAACGAGGCAUGAGGCACAGGCAUCAGCUAACACUGGCGCCCAGCCGGUUGUUCGAGAAACCGCCGCUAACGCCAUCUGAUAGCCUAGAUGCGGUUGCCUUGCAAAUUCCCAGGGUACGAGUGGAAUAUUACGUUAACGAAAAUACUUUCAAAGAACGUUUACAAAUAUAUUUUAUUAAAAACCAACGCUCAAGUCUUCGUAUUCGUAUCGCAAAUUUAUUUUUCAAACUACUAACAUGUGUUUUAUAUAUCGUCCGCGUCGUACUCGAUCAAGAUCCCACGUCCGCGACUUGUUAUGGAUGCAAAAUGGGAAACAAAACAGAAUUCCUAUGGAGCCGAAAUUUGACGGACGAGGCAUUUCAAGCGAGACCCAUUAUCAAUUGGGAUGCGAUUCAAUGGGUAAAACGACCGUUAGAGCUGUGGGUGAUACAGUGCGGACUGGCAGUUUUCGCCCUAUGCGAAUCACUUCUUCUCACAUACAUCGGUUACAAGGGAAAUGUAAUGCAACAACUACUAUCAUUCCACUUCCUUUUAGAGUUGAUCACAACUGUACCUUUUAUUUUCACAAUUUUCCAACCAACAUUGAUCAAUCUAUUCAUACCAGUGUUUCUAAACUGUUGGUUGGCGAAAAAAUCCUUAGAAAAUAUGUUUAACGAUCUUCACCGUGCCAUGCAAAAAUCUCAAUCAGCACUGUCCCAGCAGUUGAUGAUACUUUCAGCCACUCUUCUCUGUUUAGUAUUUACUAGUGUAUGUGGUAUUCAGCAUUUCCAAAGAGCUGGCCAUCGGCAUCUGAGUCUCUUCCAGGCUACUUAUUAUGUGGUGGUCACAUUUUCUACGGUCGGAUACGGUGACUUUGUGCCAGACAUUUGGCCUUCUCAGCUCUAUAUGGUUGUCAUGAUAUGCAUAGCACUCAUCGUUCUUCCAACACAAUUCGAACAGUUGGCGUUCACAUGGAUGGAGAGACAGAAACUUGGUGGUUCUUAUUCAUCUCAUAGAGCACAUUCUGAAAAACAUGUAGUCGUCUGUAGUACAACUCUUCAAGCUGACACAAUUAUGGAUUUUCUUAAUGAAUUUUACGCACAUCCAUUACUUCAAGACUAUUUUGUGGUCCUAUUAUCACCAAUGGAACUUGACACCACAAUGAGAAUGAUUCUCCAAGUACCUAUUUGGGCACAAAGAGUUAUUUAUAUUCAAGGGUCGUGUUUGAAAGAUGGAGAUCUGUCCAGAGCUAGAAUGAGUGACGCUAAAGCUUGUUUUGUUUUGGCUGCCAGAAAUUAUGCUGACAAAACUGCUGCAGACGAACACACAAUCCUACGUUCGUGGGCGGUCAAGGACUAUGCUCCGACUGUUCCCCAAUAUGUUCAAAUAUUUCGACCAGAAAAUAAAUUACACGUGAAAUUUGCUGAGUUUGUUGUAUGUGAGGAUGAGCUUAAAUAUGCUCUUCUUGCUAAUAACUGCACAUGCCCUGGAGCAUCAACACUUGUAACACUUCUACUGCAUACAAGUAGAGGACAGGAAGGUCAGACUUCGCCUGAGGAAUGGCAUAGGCUGUAUGGCAGAUGUUCAGGAAAUGAAAUCUACCACAUACUUUUAGGAGACAGUAGAUUUUUCGGUGAAUACGAAGGCAAAAGUUUCACAUAUGCAAGUUUUCAUUCACAUCGAAAGUUUGGUGUAUCAUUAGUGGGCGUGCGGCCGGCCGAUUUACCUGAGUUUUAUGAAGACACAAUACUUUUAAAUCCUGGGCCUAGGCAUAUAAUGAAGAAAUCCGAUAUAUGUUAUUACAUUAGCGUUAAUAAGGAAGAAAAUUCAUCGUUUGUUGUUUCAAAUAAUGGUUCUGCGCCCUCAAAACAUCUUGAUAGUAUGUUAAACAAUGAUAAGCCCACUGAAGUUCAAAAAACUAUUAGAGAAAGUUACACGUUCCAAAACAAACAAACAGAAGAACCGACAAUCGUAGGUAAUCAUUUGAAUAUCCCAAAGCCAAUGGAUAUGAACCCGAAUUUAUUGAGCCCUGAAGUGUUGGGUCAAAGAAGAGGUAGUCGCCGUCCAAGUAUAUUACCAGUCGCUGAAAAUAUAACAGGUUCGUCAUUAAACAUAUCUGUACCUCCCCCAGAAGAAGAUGGAGACGAAAGCGAAGAUGAACUCGAAGAUGAGGUUCCAUGGAGAUCGCCGAGUGAAAAGAUAGCAUUCCGCGUUACAGCGGAUGGCGAGGAAGACGUUUACACACAGCCUGUUUGGCAUGCUGAGUGGACCAGAAUAGUCAAAGGAUUCCCACCAGUGUCACCGUACAUAGGAGUCAGUCCUACAUUGUGUUAUUUAUUAAAAGAAAAAAAACCGCUGUGUUGUCUACAGCUCGCCCAGGUAUGUGAACAUUGUUCUUACCGAAACGCCAAUGACUACAAUUGGCAAAAUAAAACCAUAAUUUUAGCUGCCGAUUACGCAUCUAAUGGAAUUUACAACUUUAUCAUACCAUUGAGGGCACACUUUCAUCCAAAAACGUCGUUAAAUCCGAUCAUCAUACUAUUAGAACGACGUCCAGAUAUUGCGUUUCUAGACGCCAUUUCAUACUUCCCACUUGUUUACUGGAUGUUGGGAUCCAUAGAUUGUUUGGAUGAUCUCUUGAGGGCUGGAAUAUUAUUAGCAGAAAACGUAGUGGUGGUAAAUAAAGAACUAUCAAAUUCAGCUGAAGAGGAAACAUUAGCAGACUGUAAUACCAUUGUAGCAGUCCAAACAAUGUUUAAGUUCUUUCCCAACAUUCGUAGUAUAACUGAGUUAUCUCAAUCAUCCAAUAUGAGAUUUAUGCAAUUCAGAGCACAAGACACCUAUGCGCUGCACUUAUCAAAAAUGGAAAAACAUGAAAAAGAAAGAGGCUCACACAUAUCUUACAUGUUCCGACUGCCAUUUGCGGCUGGUUCUGUAUUCAGUGCCAGCAUGUUAGAUACACUGUUAUACCAAGCAUUUGUAAAAGAUUAUGUCAUAACUUUUGUAAGAUUACUGUUGGGCGUAGACCAGGCUCCUGGUUCUGGUUUCCUAACCUCGAUGAAAAUUACAAAAGAAGAUAUGUGGAUACGAACAUACGGUCGUCUUUACCAAAAAUUGUGUUCUACUACUUGUGAGAUACCUUUAGGCAUUUACAGAACUCAAGAUUUGUCGAACAUAGAAUCACCACCGGAUGCAUGUGGUACAGACUGCGAUAAAAUAUCUGAGGGUUCGGAUCACGAAGCUUACAUGCCCAUUCCAACUAACUGUCUGCCUAAUUGCCACAGGAACCAAAAUUCUGUAUUUUCAAUUAACAUGCACGACGACGCCCGGGAUAAUCAUGACAACCUGAUCGAGCGAGCAGAAAUAGUAAACUUGGUCAGAUCUCGAAUGGACAGUUUAAAUUUACCUGCUGUCGACCACGAAGAAGUCAGCGAGAAACGGAGCAGUCUAUCAUACGUCAUUAUCAACCCUAGCUGCGACCUCAAACUCGAAGAGGGUGAUAUUGUAUAUAUUUUACGACCCAGUCCAUUUUCGGCCCAGAAAACGUUCGAGAGGCACAACAGCCGUCGGAAGUCCAACAUAAGUUUCAACUCUACAAUCGGGCAGCUGGGAUUCGGUUCGAGAAGGGGAUCGACCAUGGCGUUCCCGCCGUUCAUGACCAGGCCACCGCCGUUAGUCACCACCAAAGCAAACAGUCUGUCAUUGCCAGACAGUCCAACAGUGGGCAGUGCCCUCCGAGCUCGGUCCAACUCUCUACGUGUAGUCGACGACAUACUGUUAAGACGGUCCAAUUCGCUUAGACAAGGACUUUCCAUGACGUGUAACCGGAAGAGCAGCCUCGAAGAGUUAGGAGUGUCUCACUUUCCCAUCGGGUCAAUUGCUCACGAACGUAGACCCAGUAUGCAAGUAAGCCUAAGCGCUCGAUCAAUGAGAAAUAUCGUCACUGCGCGAAGGCGGUCUGAGCUACACCCGAGCGAGAUGAGCGGCAGUGCCAUAAAGAUCGCGCUGAACGGCAGCAUCGGGCUGGAGGUGACUCCGCCGGAAGAAGUGUCUUCGCCCGGCAUGUCCAGCAACACGAGCAUGGUGACGGUGCCGUCACUGCACCAUCCGCCUUUGCCGUCGCCGGUCAUGUCGCCGCACUCGUCGCACGAACACUUGCAGGGCACGAUUGUAUGAUACAACUUGAUGUGGGGCAAACGGAAGAGCAACAACGCUCGCAACAAGUGGCUGUGAACGCACGUCACUCACGUUCUUCCCGAUUGCUUCCACAUCCGGUCCACCGAUAUUAUAUGGCUAUAAUUGUAUAAUAUUAUAAUAAAAUAUGUCAUCACACGCGAGCGACAACGACAACAACAACGACGACAACGACAAUUGUUAUUAUUAUCAUUUAUGACACACACACACACACACACACACAUACCUAGACAAUACACACAAUUAAUUACGAGGCGUCAGUAUUGAAAAUAUCACAAGCCGCUAAACUGGACCAAACACACGCCUUUUUCCGUCGACAAUGAAUUUAAAUUUUGUAAUAUUGAUUUCGAAUAAUGUUAGAAGUUUUUCAUCAACUUUAAAAACAAAUACCGUACAACAUAUAUACGUAAAUAAAGACUCUUUGAGAAAAAAAUGUUUUCGUAAUCGUUACAAAAAGAAUAUAUGUGUUGGUACAUACAAAAACAAUUCAUGCGAGUCAAACCCUUUUCAUGGGUAACUCUAAAAGCUAUACACACUCAUACACAUACACAUACUCACACACAUAUUCACAUACGUACGCGAAUGCAUAUUGCAAUAUUUUACUAUUAUUGUGCAUAUGUCUAAGAUGAAAGAGCAACAUAUCCCUGACAAAAUAAUAUUAUCACAUCCUUAUGCGUUCCACGCAGUCUUCACAUUCAGCGUUAUUCUAUAUUUUUAUAUAUUUUAUUCGUAUGUGAAGUUUGCGAACGCGGUCGAUGUUUUUCAUUUCUGCGAAGUCAUACGGCACCGGCACGUGAAAAAUUAAAACGAUUAUGUGCCAAAAUAAAUAUGCACAUGACUACACUGUAUACAUAAUAUUAUAAUAUGUGUAUAGAUAAUAUAAUAAUAUUAUAUAGGUGUAUAAAAUCUACGAAGAUAAUAAAUUUCAUUCGUUUAGGAUAGGGGACUUACAAUAUGGAACUAAUAGGGUAAAGAAUAAGCUGGUAGAUAGGUAUACCUACAUACGACGCGUCGGCCGGCGGUGAAACGGUUUUUCUUUCGUUUGAAAUGAUCUUUAAAUUGCCAACGAACAGGGAUUCAUACGAUAUUGUUAUCGAGCGAAAUAUUGUCCGUCAACACAAGGGUAACUGCACCAUGCGAAGUGUAAAUUUUUUUCACUAAAUGGUUCUUAAUUUUUUUUUUCACCCGUCCCGUUAUAUUCUGAAUAAAACCGAAACAUUUCCCAGCCACUUUUUCCGCCACAAAACUAUAAAAUUACAUAAUAUUAUAUACCAUUUAAACACAUAUCAGUCAAAUAUUUCGACAUUUGAUGCAUUUCAAACAAUUUGUUGUCGAAUACACGACUUAUCUACAACGUACAAUUUACUUCAUUCAAAUGUUUUCGCUUUCUUUUUACAUAUUACUAAACAACAACCAUAUCAUUAAUGAUGUCAUCAUGAAUCAUGUGUUUAUAUUGCGUUAUGAUAGUCUCAGUGUUGAUAAAAUAUCUUAUCGUAACUACAAUUAAUAAUAUUAUGAUUCAAGUAACAUUACAAUGAUGUAGACAAUUCGUGAGAACAAACAUUUAUUGAUUCUGAUUUCCGAAUUGCAAUUACAGUCUUUAAUAUUGUUUGGCAGAUAUUAAAUUUAUCUAAUUUAUAAUUUAUUGUUAUGUACCGAGUUUUUAAAUAAUUUAAAUGUAAAAUAAUAACAAAAAAUAAAUAAAUACUACUUCUAGAUAAUGAAAUGUAUCCACUAAAAUCGGGGGGGAAAUAUUAUUUUGUUCAAUAGACUUUGUUUUGUUCUUGGUUUUGAAUACAAUAUUAAAAUGAACAUUCGGGCGUGGAGAAUACUCCAAAAUAAAAUAAAAAUAGGUAUAAUGUUUCAUUACUAUUAUAAUUGACGUGUUUCAGAAUCCGUUCAGAAUCCGUUCAUAGUAUUUACACAAUCGAUGAAUUACAUUUCUAUCUAUAUGAUCUGUGUUGUGAGUUAGUAGGUACAUUAUUUUUAAAUACGAUGGUGGGAAUUAGAAUUUUAAACAUAGAUAGAUAUUAACUAUUGUAGGUAUAUUUAUUUUGCCAUAACACGUAUGACGUAUCAUUGAAAAACAAUAAACUCAAACGUUUGACACAAAUUAGGGGCUUAAUAACAUUUUCAAUGUAGGGCGUACAUCAAAGAAAGAUACAAAUUAAAACAAUAUAAGUAUGCAAUUCUCGUUAAAAAAACCUAAUAAUAUUAAAUAAAAUAAAAUCAGUGAUAUACCUCCCUUAUUGUCCCUCUAUAUUAUGUUAAUUGUUAUAAUAUACUAAGAUAUUAUAUUAUAUACAUAUUUUCUUACUUACACGCUUUAUUGUAUAAUUAGAGUUAUGUAGAUCGUGCCCCGUUUUUAUGUUCUUGUCGAUGUUCAUAAAAAUGUAUACCUUAUUUUGUAAAUUUCGCAAGUAAUUAUGUCAUUGAUGAACAUGCGAAACUGGGACCAUUUGAUUUAUCAAUACGCGAUCGAUAUGAAUGUAAUACUAAUAUAAUAAUAUGGUAAUUGGUAGUUGAAAAUGAGAUAAAACGUUAAAAAUACCAAUAGGUAUACCUUGAUGUCGUUCGGUAAACUCAAAGUAAAAAAUUAACUAAAAUUGUAGACAUUACAUUAUAUAGGACAUCGCCGUGGUGAUGAAAUUUGUCUAGACUUUAGUUCCUAUAUAUUUAUGAUUCUAUUUAUGUAACAAUGUAUGGAAAUCAUACAAAGUAGACUUGAUCGAUAAAUGUAUGUAAAUGUAUAUUUAUAUUUAAAGUCAUAGACUAUUAAUUGUCGUAUUAUUAAAUGUAUUAAUGUGAUAGCAUUAUUUUCUUAUACUACGAGUACAAUAUCACACGCUGACGUUUUGGUACAUGCGAUAUUGUUCAACUGUGGGAACAAUGAUAAAUAAUAGAGACUAAUUAUCUUACUCUCGAACCCUUGUAUCUUUUGUAUUGACAUAACUAAAAGCCUUAUUAGCGUAAAGUUAUCUUUAUUGAAUAACUAUUAUAUUAUGAAAUAAAAAUUUAAAAAAUGAAUUCAAA